ACGGGAGCCUUCCUACAAUUCUUAACAUCUUCUGGGGCAGCCACUUUGGGAGCGGUUUUAGCAAAAUCAGACAACACAAAAAUACUCCUUGCAGUUAGCUUGACAGUGCAGACAUCACUCGAAUUAUCAAUGUUGAGAGUCCUCAAUUCGGUUGUACGGUUCGUUACUAGGGCCCCACGGGUCCAAAAUGUGCCAACACUACCACUUGUGCGCAACUUUACAUCGGUUAUCCCCCCGACGAUUGCAGCCCCAAAACCUAACCUCUUAUCCAACCCCCAGCUCCUCCAAAUCAGCAGUAAUAUAAUUUCCCGUAACUUAAUCAAAUUCUCCCUUAAUAAGGGGCGUCGCAAGUCGGUCAAAGCAGUCAGACGGAGGUUUUACCGGUUGCAUUGGGGGGCCUGGAUCAGGACAAUGUGCGGUCGCCAUAAAAAACUCUGGAAGAAAAGUGGGGCUAACAAACGGCGUUUGAGACAACACGUCAUGUGUAACGCCACUCAGAGUUACCUUUUGGAUAAAAUGGCAGGGCGGUAUUGGACCAAAAGACGGUAUUACGUUGAUGACCCCUAUGAGCCCUACCACACACGUGAGGAGUUCCCUCUUAGUGCACAAAAACCGAAGGUUUUUGUGCCCCCAAGUGGCACAGUACCGUAUUGUUAGUUAAAUAAAUCAGAUAGUUUGUAAUAAAAAAUUUAUUGAA